AUUAUACACAAUUAAAGAUUAAUAUAUUUUAUAACAUAGUAAAUAAUCUAAAAAUUCCGCCCUGCAUAAUUUCCGAUUCCCGACUAGCGCGUUCCCGAACAGGGGUUCAAACAAAAAAUUACACUACACUAGACCGAAAUCAAAAUCGAAACUAUAACUCACAAAUAACCUUAAACCUUUUUUUUGUCAACAAAUAAACAGACAAACAAUAAAACUAGGCCCAAUUACAUUUACAGCCCAUAAUUUACUCACAUUUAAAAGAUAAGAUUACAGAAAACACGUGUUAAAUAAAGAUGAAGUUCUUGAUGCAUGAUCUCCACGUGUUCUAUGAUGUAGCAAAGCCUUGUUUGAAGACGAAGAUGAACGCUGGUAUCGCCAGAAGUCGACCAGUCCUAUAACCCUAAAACGUUCUUCGAGUAGAUUAAAUCGCUUGACCGCUCUUCCUUUUUAUGUUCACCAUCGAUCUAUUAGGGUUUUUCCCCUACGCACAAGAGUUAACCCCUGUGAGAAGCUUCAAGGAGAUAGAGGCAGAGUUUUGCCAGAACGUUUUCAAUAAGAGAACUCCAGCUUAUCUGAAACGUUUGCAUCGAUUCUCCACUGCUUAAUCAAACAUCUUGAUUUCAUACCCGCUUGGGUACUCCGCCGGAAUAUACAUAUAAUGAAGAUUGAUUCCUCAUUUGAGUAAGUAAUCAAGCUUAACCAACGAGCAAAUUAAAAACCUCUCAAAUCAAACGGAAUAAUCAACAUAUCAAGAAAGGAGAGACAUAUUUUAAAUACAACAAAAUUGCCUAUCGCGAAACAAACUAGAAUCGCCAAACGAAAGGAGAUCGCCUAUGCGAAAAGUAAUUCCGACAAGCGGAAAGGAUAGUCGAUCAAAACGAUUGAAGUAUUUUACAGACAAAAAAACAAAACAAAAAAGACUCAAGAAUCUCUCGUUCCCUCUGUAAGAUUUGUUAUUGUGAAGAAGGACGACGAGAGAAAAUUGCCUCAUGAGAUUGGGGCACGAUGUUAACCAUUUUCUAUUUUUUGGUAUUCAAAGAAUUGAAUCAUAAUUGAAAUACAAUAUAAUUAAUAUAUUUAAAUAUUAAUUACAUUUAGUUCAGAAAUGAUAUUUUAAAUUAUAUACAAAAACUCAUUUUGUAAAUAUUUAAUAUUAUUAAAACUUUAAAUUAAGAAAAUCAGUUGAUUAAUAAUUUAAACUAUAUUAAGAUAUUAAAAAAUAUUUUAUAUUUUAAUGAAACCAAACUACAUGAUAAGAUAUUCUAAUAAUAUAAAAUUGUCUUAAAAGCUAGAAUAAUUGGAACCAAACCAAACUGAAAUCAAAGCUUAUAGGAGAAAUUAAUUGAAAUACUAUAAACUGGAUACAGAAAUACACUCAAUCAAAAAUAUUAUAAUAUUGAAAUUUAAGAUUUGUGGAUUGUUGUUUAGGGUUUAAUAUUUAAAAGGUGAAGGUUGGAUUUAUAAUUUUUAUAAAUAUUUUUUAAACAUUUAUAAAUGAUUUGAAAAGAUUAUUUUAGUAUUUUUUUUAUCACAAAUUUAAAGUAUUUAUAAAAAUGGUUAUCAUUUGAAUUAGAAUUUGAAAAAUUGUAUCUAAAAUUAGAAUUUUCCUAUUUUUAGCUAAUUUCCAAAUUUUUAAUACCAUAACCGAAAAAGAAUUGAACCAAAGUUAAACCAAAUUUUAUAAAUAUCUAAACGGUAUGUAUCUUGAAUCUCUUUAUCGAAAUUAUACCGAAAGAACUUGAAUCUCUCUAUCGAAAAGAACCAAAAAUUAAAUAUAACAGAAGGGAAACCGAAAACUAAAUGCACACACCUAAAUACACCCUCCAGUUUUGAAUUUCAUUUCAGCUUCCAUGGAACAAUCCGGUACACUAGCGAAGGCCUUGUUGAAGAACAUGAACAAUCCGAGAUUAGCAUGGAGACUCUACAAGAGAAUCUUCUCUUCUCCUUCACAAGAGAGCCACGCCACAUCUCUAUCCGCAGCACCCACCAUUGCUCGUAUCCUCGUCAAAGCCCAAAUGCAACAAGAAAUCGACGAGCUUCACAGCCUCAUCCUCUCCUCAUCGCUUCCAAACGCGAAAGCCUCAUCCUUUCUUUCCGUCGUCUCCAUCUUCGCGAAAUCGAAUCACAUCGACAAAGCAUUCUCUCAAUUCCAAUUCGUCCGGUCUCAGUUCCCUAAGAAGGGUCCCGGAAUCUAUUUGUAUAAUGUGUUGCUUGAAGGUUGCAUCAAGGAGAGGCGUGUGGAUUUCGUUUCGUGGUUGUAUAAGGAUAUGGUGAUCUCUCGGAUUGCUCCGCAGACUUAUACGUUCAAUCUCUUGAUCCGUGCUUUGUGUGAUUCAAGUUGUGUGGACGCUGCACGUGAGUUGUUCGACGAAAUGCCUGAGAAAGGUUGUAACCCAAAUGAGUUCACUUUCGGGAUAUUGGUUCGUGGGUAUUGUAAAGUUGGUCUCCCUGAUAAAGGGCUACAGUUGUUGAAUUCAAUGGAGAGUUUUGGGGUUUUGCCCAAUAAGGUCGUGUAUAAUACCAUUGUUUCGAGUUUCUGUAAAGAAGGUAGGAACGAUGAUUCUGAGAAGCUGGUUGAGAAGAUGAGAGGGAAUGGUUUGGUUCCUGAUAUUGUGACUUUUAAUGCUAGGAUCUCGGCACUUUGUAAAGAAGGAAAAGUUCUUGACGCGUCUAGGAUUUUCAGGGAUAUGGAGUUGGAUGAGUAUCUGGGUCUUCCUCGUCCCAAUAGCAUAACGUACAACUUGAUGCUGAAAGGAUUCUGCAAGGUAGGGAUGCUGGAAGAAGCUAAGACCCUCUUUGAGUCGAUCAUAGGAAAUGAUGAUCUUAGUAGUUUGCAGAGUUACAAUAUUUGGUUGCAGGGAUUGGUCAGGCAUGGGAAGUUUAUAGAGGCUGAAACAGUCCUUAAGCAGAUGAUUGAUAAGGGGAUAUGGCCAAGUAUAUAUUCUUACAAUAUCUUGAUGGAUGGAUUGUGUAAAUUGGGCAUGCUGUCCGAUGCAAAUGCUAUCGUUGGCUUAAUGAAAAGAAAUGGUGUCUCCCCAGAUUCUGUAACUUAUGGAUGUCUUCUACAUGGUUACUGCAGUGUCGGGAAAGUUGACGCAGCUAAAAGCCUAUUGCAGGAGAUGAUGAGGAAUAAGUGCAUGCCGAAUGCUUAUACGUGUAAUAUUUUGCUCCAUAGCCUUUGGAAGAUGGGGAGAAUGUCUGAAGCGGAAGAGUUGCUGCGAAAGAUGAAUGAAAAGGGCUAUGGACUAGAUACUGUCACCUGCAACAUUAUAGUUGAUGGACUCUGUGGAAGUGGCGAAUUAGACAAAGCUAUUGAGAUAGUUAAGGGAAUGCGGGUGCAUGGAAGUGCUGCUCUUGGUAACCUAGGAAAUUCAUAUGUGGGACUGGUGGAUGACAGCAUGAUCGAGAACAAUUGCUUGCCUGACCUGAUCACUUAUUCAACUUUGCUUAAUGGUUUGUGCAAAGCCGGAAGGUUCGCUGAAGCAAAGAAGUUGUUUGCUGAGAUGAUGGGAGAGAAACUGCAACCGGACUCUGUGGCAUACAACAUCUUCAUCCAUCAUUUCUGCAAACAGGGGAAAGUAUCAUCUGCAUUUUGCGUUCUCAAAGAUAUGGAGAAGAAAGGUUGUCAUAAGAGCUUAGAGACUUAUAACUCACUGAUCCUAGGCUUAGGCAUACAAAAUCAGAUAUUUGAAAUUCACGGAUUGAUGGAUGAGAUGAAAGAAAAGGGCAUUUCUCCUAAUAUCUGCACCUACAAUACCGCAAUUAAGUAUCUUUGCGAGGGAGGAAAAGUUGAAGAUGCAACUAACCUCUUAGAUGAAAUGAUGCAGAAGAACGUAACCCCAAAUGUCUUUUCCUUCAAAUAUUUAAUUGGAGCGUUCUGUAAGGUCCCGGACUUUGACAUGGCUCAAGAAGUUUUUGAGACUGCUGUAAGUAUCUGUGGACAAAAGAAAGUCCUUUACAGCUUGAUGUUCAAUGAGUUACUUGCUGCAGGGCAACUCUUAAAGGCCACAGAGUUGCUUGAAACUGUUUUAGAUAGAGGUUUUGAGUUGGGGGAAUUUCUAUAUAAAGAUCUUAUUGAGAGCUUAUGUAAGAAGGAUGAGCUAGAAGUAGCUAGUGGAAUUUUGCAUAGGAUGAUAGAUAAAGGAUACGGGUUUGACCCAGCAGCAUUGAUGCCUGUGAUAGAUGGCUUAGGUAAGAUGGGAAAUAAGAAAGAGGCAAAUGAAUUUGCCGAGAAGAUGAUGGAAAUGGCUUCAGUUGGUGAAGUAGCAAACAAAGUCGAUCCAAAUGCGAGGGAUUUACAACAGAAAAAGCAUAAUAAAUAUGGUGGAAAUAGCUGGCAGAACAUACUGCACAGGAUUUGGAGUAAGCAUUCAUAGAUGACGGCAGUGGAAUUGCACUAAAAUCUCUGACAAGGGUUAAAAAAGGAUGGGGUCAGGGGGAUAUAUCAAGCUUUCAGCCUCCGAGAGUUGACUACUUAGACUACUGGGAGGAUGAUGAGUAGAGAUAUUGCAUGUCUCGGUUUUCUUUCUGAUGGGAAAGUUUAGCUCACGGUCAAGCACAAAUUUCAGGGGCAGCUCAUCAAGGAUCCAAAGGCUAGUCUCAGUUGACAUGUAAAGUUAAGAAGAAACUAGAAGUUGAAAGAACCUAACAAAAUCCAACACUAAGGACAAUGAAACAAGAAAGAAAACUGUUGGUGUAAGUUUAGUUCUCCUAGUAACAACCUUCUGAUAUAUGGAAACUGCUAUGAAUUUUGGAAGAGUAGGAAGGGAUUUGCAGCAGUAACUUUCUCUAUGCUCAUGUUUGCGGUUUUAGCCUUAUUAUAGUAGCUCAUGUACAGCUGAGAGAUCACUGAUGAAGCUAAAUAUAUCCCUAUAGUAAAAAGUAUCUAGCACUCAUAAGCUAAGCAAGCAGGCAAGAUGAUAGGUUUGGACGCAGAUAUGAUGUAAGAAGACGUUUUCAAGGGUACUAAAAGUAAACAUUGCAUUACUGGGCAGUGAACGCAUGUCGCAAGACCAAGCUGGUGAUGAAAAGGAGGGGAAAGAGCCGCCCACUUUCAUAUUGAAUUUGAAGCCAACUUUGAAUUUUUGGGUCAAAGGAACACAACCUACGUAAUUGGAAAAAUAUGUAAGCUACAACUAUUCUUGUGCUUUUAGUUCGCACAGUUUCUAGAACAGUGGUACAAAGCGACUAAGUUGGUUGAAACA